GCCGCGCACCGAACACGAUUUUUAUCCUUCACGUUUGCUGAUCAAGUGCGAUAAUUCUUCUACAUAUAUUUUUGUCGUGACUUUGUUGUGCAAGAAUUGUCAUUACAGUUUUUAAUUAAAUAAACACGUUUUAUAAAGUCUAAAGUGAAAAAAUCAAGCUUUUUGAGAAGCUAUUACCAGUUAUUUAAACAUGGCGACGGCUCUUGGUGCGGCCCCAACGCUAUCAAAUGCCAGUGCUCUACGCAGCCAGAUAUCAAAGGAGUUGCGUGCAAAAGCCAACGAUUUUCUUAAUUCACGCCGCCAUGCAAAUAAUCUCGUCGAUAUUAUCGAGCAUUUUCAGCAUUGCAUUCAAGAAAAACUACCAAUUACAGCUGCGUUACUGACCUUGGAAGUUGUCUUUGUGGAAUUAUUGAAGAGACGUGAAAUGUGUAUUCAGAAUACACCACUCAAGCCAAAAGAUGAUAGCCCAGAAGCGAAAUAUCGUGAAUGGUUACGACAACGUUACGAAGAGUCUCUGAAUUUAAUACUUAGCUCCUUUGAUAAUGAAAAAUCUGCAGAGGCCACGCAAGCUUUAGUGUCAAGUAUGAAGUUAUUGGCAGCAGAAGGAAAAUAUCCUUUAGAAAAGUUAGAUGAGCCCAGCAAAUUUCCUAAACAGCGUUUGCGUAGUAUUCUUCAGAAGUUAGUUUCAUCAACAAAAUUACAAAGCGCACUGUUACAACGUUUCAAAGAGUAUUCGGAGUAUUUGGAUUUGGUUUUCUAUAGCUGGAAAUUGAUGCAGCAACUAUCCUCACGUACGGCCUUCGCUAAUGAAGUGUUUGCGCGCAAUUAUUUGGACCUUAUAAAUGCAGUGCCUGUGACAAAAGACGUACAAGAAGAAAGAAAGUUAUUAUGCUUAACGCAAACUACCGGACAACACACUGAUCAGCUUGAUUGCUUUGAUUAUGUAUUAACACGAAAAUGUAUUAACAAAGUUUGGCUUUCCCUAAUGCAAUGGACAGAUGGAAUGCAGGAACCCGUGCAUAGACAAAUGCUUAUUAUAUUGUUGGAACGUAUCUUACCCCAUUUGGAAAAACCCAUACUGCUGACAGACUUCCUUAUGGAUUCACUUGAUUGCGGUGGUCCAGUCAGCUUACUAGCACUGCAAGGGAUUUUCAUCCUUAUACAGAAGCAUAAUAUUACAUAUCCGAAUUUAUACGAGAAGUUGUAUUCUAUGUUUGAGCCUGAAAUAUUCCAUACAAAAUUUAAAGCGCGUCUGUUUUAUUUGGCGGAUAUUUUCCUAAGCUCCACACAUCUGCCUGAAAAUUUGGUAGCGGCAUUUGUUAAACGUUUGGCCCGUCUUAGCUUAAUCGCACCACCGCAAGAUGCUAUAAUUAUUUUGCAUUUUAUUGGUAAUCUUAUAUUACGUCAUUCCGGCUUAAAACGUCUGAUUUGCGCACAAGCCGCUAUAGAAGUUUCCCGCGACCCUUUUAUUAUGGAGGAACGGGAUCCCACAAAAUCCAAUGCGUUGGAUAGUUCUUUAUGGGAAGUAGUGUCGUUACAGAAACAUGCUGUUCCUGCUGUUGCGACUGCGGCUCGGUUCAUUUCACAGCCCUUACCCACAACUGAGUGGGAUUUGUCCUCCCUACUUGAAAUAAAGGAGGAUGAUAUUUUCGACCAAGAGAUUACCAAGAAGAGUAAACAAUAUGCCUUGGCUUUUGAGCGGCCACAAUCUUUAUAUUUGGCGCAUGACGAUAAAGUGAAUCAAUACUGGAAAUUGUUUUAAAAACAGUUUUUGUACAUAUGUAAUUGUAAAUACCAAGAUGCAGUCUAUGCUGACGUAAAAACGGAGAUCCUCAUGCGGUUCGACAUUGGAACCUGCUAUGAAAGUAGAAAUGAUUUUCUACGCAUUGUUUUAAGUUUUAAUUCAAAAGAUAAACUUCGGUUUCUUUAAUAUCAUAUAUACGAGUAAGUUGUUUUAGUCUCAAUGUGCAGAUACCAUAAAAUGUAAAAAGGCCAUGAAUUUGUUCAAAAUAAAUAUUGCUAGGUUAAUUUUACCUCUUAUUGCAAU